AAUUUAGCUAUCGUUGUACCGUACUGAAAGCUUGUUUAAAGAUAUGCUGUACCCCUUUGAGUUUCCUACCAUUAUAGCAGUACUGAUAAAGAUUUAACUGAUGGUAGCCUGUCUGCAUCGCAUAUGACACGUUUCUGAAAGAAUUGGUGAAAUUAUAUACAGUUUAUCGUCGAUUCGUUGUCCAUUCGAAAGAUAAGUGGAAAACAAGAAAGAACAGGUGAUCCAAUUUGUGUAUGGAUAAGUAUUGCUCCAUGAAUUAAGAUCGGGCCAUUUUCUCGAUGAAAUUCGCUGAAUCUUGUAUGAUUCGCGUUACUACCCAUACAAACGCAGAUGUUGCUGGCAUAUUUGCGUCAAAAUACACAUAAGAAGCUGUAUCGCCAACGUUGACACUGUUCUGCACCUUGUCAUUGGAGCGUCCAAAGUUCCGAAAAAAUAUUAAAUUUACCGAAAUAAUCGAAAAAAAGUGAAUUGUGCGUGGCAAAGGUAUGGUGCUGAAAACAUGUUAUUGUCUCGUGGGUAUGGUGCUAUGCUGCUUAGUGGUAUUAACUAAAGGCAAAUCGGCUUCCGGCAACGUUUUCACCAGUUCGUUCUUGGUAAAAUUCAAACGCAAUGUGGAUAAUCAAAAGGCUCAUGAAAUCGCUGAUCGCAAUGGAUUUGUCAAUCUUGGCCCGCUCGCAGGAAGUGCCGGACGAGAGUUUCACUUUAAACAUAUGGCCCUUCCACAUGCCAGAACUCGACGAAGUAUAGCCCAUAUGAGGGUUCUGAAAAAGGAAGCAUUGGUGAACACUGCUGUGCAACAAGUUGGAUUCAAACGUGUAAAGCGAGGAUUACGUACUUCAAUUCCAUCAUUAUUCGUGACGGAUCCUUCUGAUCCUAAUGUUGGAAAAGCUCCGACUGACCCAUAUUUUCCACUACAGUGGUAUUUACGGAACACUGGGCAAAAUGGAGGAAAACCACGUCUUGACUUAAACGUGCAAGCUGCAUGGGACCAAGGAAUUACUGGGAAAAACGUAACUACGGCAAUUAUGGAUGACGGUGUCGAUUAUAUGCAUCCAGAUUUGAAAUUCAAUUAUAAUGCAGAAGCAAGCUACGAUUUUAGCAGCAAUGAUCCAUACCCGUAUCCGAGAUAUACGGAUGAUUGGUUCAACAGCCAUGGUACUCGAUGUGCUGGAGAGGUUGCCGCAGCACGAGAUAACGGAAUUUGUGGAGUAGGCGUUGCGUAUGAUUCCAAGAUCGCCGGAAUACGCAUGUUAGAUCAACCCUAUAUGACUGAUCUUAUUGAGGCGAACUCCAUGGGUCACGAGCCACAUAAAAUACACAUCUACAGUGCAUCGUGGGGACCAACAGAUGACGGUAAAACUGUGGACGGGCCAAGAAAUGCUACUAUGAGGGCUAUUGUACAGGGUGUAAAUGAAGGCCGCAACGGACUGGGGAAUAUCUAUGUGUGGGCUUCGGGUGAUGGUGGUGAAGAGGAUGACUGUAACUGUGAUGGAUAUGCAGCAUCAAUGUGGACGAUAUCAAUAAACAGUGCUAUCAAUGAUGGGCAAAACGCUCAUUAUGAUGAAAGUUGCAGCUCCACGCUAGCCAGUACGUUUAGCAAUGGAGCGAAGGAUCCUAAUACAGGCGUGGCAACCACAGAUUUAUAUGGAAAAUGUACAACCACGCACUCUGGUACAAGUGCGGCAGCUCCAGAAGCGGCCGGAGUUUUUGCGCUUGCCUUAGAAGCAAAUCCUUCCCUAACAUGGCGUGAUAUUCAGCAUCUUACGGUACUCACAUCGAAGCGUAAUUCUUUAUUCGAUGCUAAAAAUCGCUUCCAUUGGACAAUGAAUGGAGUUGGUUUGGAAUUCAAUCAUCUGUUUGGGUUUGGCGUACUAGAUGCAGGUGCAAUAGUCUCUCUGGCUAAGAAAUGGCGCACUGUGCCACCUCGGUAUCACUGUGAAGCAGGUGCUAUCAUGGAUCCUCACCCCAUUUCAUCCACUGGUGCGGUGAUGUUACGUAUUAAAACAGAUGCCUGCCGAGGAACUGAUACUGAAGUUCGCUAUUUAGAGCAUGUGCAGGCAGUUAUCACGGCAAAUGCUACUAGGAGGGGAGAUUUGGAGUUAUUUGUUACGUCUCCCAUGGGAACAAGGUCCAUGAUACUUAGCAAACGAGCAAAUGAUGACGAUCAUAGGGAUGGAUUUACAAAGUGGCCCUUCAUGACGACUCAUACGUGGGGCGAAUAUCCUCAAGGAACAUGGUUAUUAGAGGCAACUUUCAAUUCAAAGGAACCACGAUCAGGAUGGAUAAAGGAAUUUUCUUUGGUGUUGCAUGGAACAAAGGACCCUCCGUACAGGAUGUUGUCUCCGGCUUCUCCACAUUCGAAAUUGGCUAUCGUCAAAAAAGCUCAUGAAGACCAAGACAAAAUGUAAAACGCCAUAUGGCUUGCAAACGGUUCAAACUCAUAAUGUUAACGUAGAACGGGUGACAUCUACUAAUGGAAUGGGCAUGGCAAGUUGAAUAUCUAUAAUUAACAACAAAAAUGAAAAAGCAAAUCGAUCAUUCAUGAUCCAAAAUGUUAGCUAAAACUUUUACUAUCUCUGGACUAGUGCCCACUUGAGGAUGAUAGAUCCAUAUAUGGUUUUAGAGUCUAAUAAUUUUUAUUUCAAUCUCUUGUUAAAUAUAUUUUUAUUGAGAUUUUUAUAACUUUGCGUAAAAACCGAAUACAAAGGUUAUUAUAAACACGGAAUAUUUAGAUUUUUUUUUGCAAUAUUUUCGGAAAACCCGAAUAAUUAUGAGAAAUAAUAUUGUUUUAUCCUUAAAAAUGUUUUGUAUUAUUUUGAACAAACAAUUGUCAUCUGUAGUGCUUAUUAAUAUGUUAUAAUGACGUAGUUACUAGCUGGGAUUAUAUGCAACGUUAGUUGGAACAUCGACGUUAUCUUUCAGAAAUUAUUUUGAAGGCAAAUAUUGUGAAACAACUGUUUUUUAUACGGUAUUUAACAAGAAAUAAGAUGUUUUUCAUGAAUUCGCAUGCUAAUGGAUUGAAGCUAAUAUUACUUAUCUCGAACUAAAGAUUUUUUACAAUUCCCAGGUUCUGAAAUAGCUUCAAUAUAUUAACAUUUAAUCGAAAUUGGUCUUUAUUGCUUGGAAAUUGGACGACAAUGAAAUAUUUAAACAAACCUCCAUACAAAAUCCAGUGUUCGAAACAUGACUUUGUUCGGAAUUUGAGACUAAUUCUAGAGGAACCAUAUAUGGAGGUGCAUCAUAUUAGUCAUAAUUUUCGGAUAGCUGAUCUGAUAGCUCUCAUUAGAAUAGCUAUCUGUGUGAAAGCUAAGAUCAAAAGUCGUUCGCACUUCAACCUUCAAAAUUUAGUCAGUGUAAGCGACUCCAAUUUGGACUCGUAUACUGAUGUAAAAGUCGCACCAAAAGCUGUACUGAUUGGUCUUUGGGAAUGCGGGUUCUUGUAGGUGUUGAAUCUUUUAUAUACGUGUAUACGAAUACUUUGCAGAAUGAGCAUGAAACAUUCGUUUUCAAGAUAAUUUUGACGCAAAGCAUUUCAAUUAUGCAGCCAUAUUGUUUUUUUUUUU